AUGUCUGUCAGAUACAGCUCCAGCAGGCAAUUCUCUUCCUCCCGCAGUGGAGGAGGAGGAGGAGGCUCAGCCCUCAGAAUUUCCAGCAGCAAAGGCUCCCUUGGUGGAGGGUAUAGCUCAGGCGGCUGCAGUGGUGGCUCUUUCAGCCGUGGGAGCUCGAGUGGAGGCUGCUUUGGGGGUGGCUCAUCAGGUGGCUAUGGAGGAGGAAUGGGAGGCGGGUUUGGUGGAGGGAGCUUCGGUGGAGGCUAUGGAAGUAGCUGCGGUGGGGGCGGUUUUGGAGGAGGCAGCUAUGGUGGAGGCAGCUACGGAGGAGGCAGCUUUGGAGGAGGCAGCUUCGGAGGGGGUGGCUUUGGUGGAGGAAGCUUCGGAGGCGGCUUCGGUGGUGGUGGAUUUGGAGGAGAUGGCGGCCUUCUCUCCGGAAAUGAGAAAGUAACCAUGCAGAAUUUGAAUGACCGCCUGGCUUCCUACUUGGACAAAGUUAGGGCUCUGGAAGAAUCCAACUAUGAGCUAGAAGGUAAAAUCAAGGAGUGGUAUGAAAAGCAUGGCAACUCAAGCCAGCGAGAGCCUCGUGACUACAGCAAGUACUACCAAACCAUCGAAGAUCUUAAAAAUCAGAUCCUCACUCUAACAACUGACAAUGCUAAUGUCCUGCUUCAGAUUGACAAUGCCAGGCUGGCAGCUGAUGAUUUCAGACUGAAAUAUGAGAACGAGGUGGCUCUGCGCCAGAGUGUGGAUGCAGACAUCAAUGGCCUGCGUAGGGUGCUGGAUGAGCUGACCCUGACCAAGGCUGACCUGGAGAUGCAGAUUGAAAGCCUAACUGAGGAGCUGGCCUACCUGAAGAAGAACCAUGAAGAGGAAAUGAAAGACCUUCAAAAUGUGUCUACUGGUGACGUGAACGUGGAGAUGAAUGCUGCCCCAGGUGUUGAUCUCACUCAACUUCUGAACAACAUGAGAAGCCAGUAUGAACAACUUGCUGAACAGAAUCGUAAAGAUGCAGAAGCCUGGUUCAAUGAAAAGAGCAAGGAACUGACUACAGAAAUCGACAGCAACAUUGAACAAAUGUCCAGCCACAAGUCUGAGAUUACCGAACUGAGACGCACCGUUCAAGGUCUGGAGAUUGAACUCCAGUCCCAACUCGCCCUGAAACAAUCCCUGGAAUCCUCACUGGCAGAAACCGAGGGUCGCUACUGCGUGCAGCUCUCUCAGAUCCAGGGCCAGAUCACCUCUCUGGAGGAACAGCUGCAACAGAUCCGAGCUGAAACCGAAUGCCAGAACGCCGAGUACCAACAACUCCUGGAUAUUAAGAUCCGACUGGAGAAUGAAAUUCAAACCUACCGCAGCCUGUUAGAUGGAGAGGGAGGGGGUUCCGGCGGCGGCUCCUACGGCGGCGGGCGCGGCGGUGGACGCGGCGGCGGAAGUUCCGGCGGCAGCUACGGCGGCAGCUCCGGCGGCGGCCAGGGCGGCAGCUACGGCGGCAGCUCCGGCGGCGGCCAGAGCGGUGGGGCCGGCGGCAGCUACGGCGGCGGUUCUAGCGGCAGCAAAUCCCCUGGUUCCGGCUCCGGUUCCAUGGGAGAAUCUUCAAAUAAGGGACCCAGGUCAGCAGAAACUAACUGGGAUACUAAUAAAACCAGGGUAAUCAAGACGAUUAUUGAAGAGGUGGCACCUGAUGGUAGAGUCCUUUCAUCUUUUGUUGAAUCAGAAACCAAGAAGCAUUUCUACUGAGGCAUGGAGAGCACAGCGACCCUGCAGGAUUGCUGGCGAAAGCUCCAGUGACACCCUGCAGUAUGAAUGGUCUAUGGAAAUGGUCACCCCUGGGGUCUCGGCAGUGUUUUGUGGUUUCUGUAGUUCUUCUCUUUACUUUACCAGAAAGUGUUCUUCAGAUGGAAAAAGAAAAAAAAAUGCCUUUCUGUUCUCAUUUACUAAUGAAUUUCAAUAAACUUUCUUACUGCUGC